AUGUCAGAGGGACCGACCGAUUUCAUAGAUCUCUUCUUAGACGCCCGAGCUGAGCAAUCCUUCCACAACACGGCCGAGUUUUCGAAGACGGGAGUUCAGGUGUCGAAGCAUUUAACUAGAGAGGAAAUCACUGCUCAGUGCUUCGUGUUCCUUCUCGCCGGUUUCGAUACUACCGCCACGUCGUUAGCAUUUGUCACCUAUUUGUUGGCAAAACAUUCCUCGGUACAGAAACAUCUUCAAGAAGAAAUCGAUCAGUACUGCAAUCGUGAG